GAUACCAAAAUGUACAGUAUCGCCCACCCCUACUGGCGAUUGGAGACGCUUCAUGCCGAGCAGCAAAAUGGCCGCCCGUCCACAGACUUGACUCCACAGCGCUUUGAACAUUUCUGCAAAUUUUGCUUGACUCCGCAGCAACCUUAGUACUUCUAUACUAGCCAGUAGCGUGUUGCGAGUGCAUUUCCAUUGUGUUUCACUUACUUGACUCUGCUCAGGCGCCGCUGUUCUUGGAGCUUCGACGAAUGCCUCAAAAAGCUAAAAAAAAAAAUCCCGCACUGAAGCACUUUAGCUAGCCAGCAAGCUAGCUCUUCUUCAUAUGUGAUUUCUGAGAAGAAAGCAGUAUCAGGACUGGAGCAGUAGUUCAUGGAAGACAAGAAAAGGAAAAAAGAAGAAAAAAGGAAAAGGGAAGCCUCUCAGAAGGGCACAGAACAAAAGAACAAAGACUUGACCAAGCAGGUGCCUGCCCAGCCUCCUGCAACUCAGAGCAGCUCAGCCAACCCCAGCCCUGGACCCACCCCCUCUGCUUCCCCGUCCCCAGCCACCUCAGGCCCUGGCAGUGCUGCCACCCAGUCACAGGGUGGUAACAAUGCCAAGCGCCUUGCAGUGGCCAACGGACAGCCCACCUCCAACCCCGGUUCUUCCUCCAACACAGGCAGCACAAGUGUUACUGGGAACGGGAAUGUAAGUAGCGGAGGUGCGGCCCAGGCACCUCAGCAGCAACCUCGCUAUAUGCCAAGAGAAGUGCCGCCACGAUUCCGCUGCCAGCAGGACCAUAAAGUGCUACUGAAAAGGGGUCAGCCGCCACUGUCCUCUAUGCUGCUGGGAGGGGGUGGAGGAGGAGAAGGCCCAAAUGCAAACAUAGCUGCUGUCUCAGAGUCUGGUACAGCUACCUCCUCAUUGGCUCUCACCUCAUCAGUUGCUGCUUCAACCACUACUUCUAAUUAUGCAAAUUCCAUGUGGGGGGCAAGUUUAGGCAUCCAGGCCUCCUCUCAGGGCAGGGAGAAGGUGAUUGUAGAUGGGAACGACCUGGAAGAGUGGCCCAGUAUCGCUGGCAAUGAUGGAGGAGGAGGAGCUUCUCUUACUGUGGCUGGAGUAGGCAACAACAACAACGGAAUGCCUGUGAACAGCACUAGUGCCUCUGGCAACCAAUCCUCAUCCACUUCCUUGUUCUCUUUGCCCAAUGAAUGUAUGCAGUCGUCCAGCAGUGUGGCAUGGGGGACGACUGCCUCCCAGGGCCAUCUUGGAGGAGGAAAUGCAGUAGUUACAACCGGGCCUGUGUUACAACAGUCCUCCUCACUUUCCAAAGCCUCUGCUGUGCCAAGAAGCCAUGAUGCCAGUGGCCUCGUUGACGUCAACAGCAGAAUUCCAGGUGCCAACUUUAAUCCAAAUGCCAAUCCUUCGGCCUGGCCUGCCCUGGUGCAACAGGAUGGGCCUGCUGUUGCAGGUGAAGGAGGUUCGCCUUCCUUCCAUCACCAAGGCCCUGAAGGGACUUUAUCUGCCAACAAUUCUGCUUCCGUAGGGCUAAAGGCUGGGUCGGUUGGGGUGCUUGGAGGCCACCAAACUUUGUCUGUGAAUCAAUCAAGCACCAAUCAGCACCAACUUCACCAAAUGCAAUCCAGAGACAGAGAGUUGGGAGGGAGUAAGUGGGACAGCGAAUCAGCGGGACCAAAAAUUGCGGGAGAGGAAGGGGUUGUGGCAGGAAUCGGAGCUGCUGGGAUAAAUGUUGGAGACCACAAUCAUGCUUCCUCAUGGAGGGGCCAGCCCUCUUACCCUGCAUCUAAUUCCAAAACGGGUGCCUCAAGGACUGAUGGAUGGGAGGGUGGCAUGGGAUAUAGAGCUGCUGAGGGGGAUAAUGGGACUUCAAAUUGGGGUUUUCCAGGGCCCUCUCGUGGAGCUAAUGCGUGGGGUAGUGCUGGAACUGGGGGAAACGAUAGUCAAACUGUGGUAUCUCAGGGAGGGUGGGGGACAUCAGGAGUAGCAAGGGAGAAAGGGAUGUCUAGUGUUGAAUGGGGUGAGAGUUCUUCUGCUACUGGUGAAACAAAUCCUGGAGGAGAAGUCACAGGAGGUGCCAGCAGCAGUAACAGCAGCAGCAGUGGAUGCAGCACAGCUGGCAAUCCUGUCACCUCAGCAUCUACUGCUACGAACAGAGCUUGGGACAAUCAGAAGGGGGAGGUUGAAACGGGGGAGUGGAGUGAGGGAGGAGCACAGGGAGGAUCCAGUGGUGGCAAUUCUAGAAGUGAAAGGGAAUCUUACGGCAAUCGUCAUCGACAUCAGCCACCUGAUACUGAAGCUGCCUUAGAGAACCUUCUAAGCCGGUCUGAUCUUGAUCCACGAGUCCUAUCAAACACAGGCUGGGGCCAAACCCAGAUCCGGCAAAACACAACUUGGGAUAUUGAUCAAGUGGAACAUAAUAAGAGUGCACUUUCAUCAGCUUCGUCAAAACACCCAGCUUCUCUGGGAAAUUCUUCGCAGUAUUCCUCUGGCUCGAGAGCCUUAAUUGGUGAUUCUAAUGGUCCAGGUGUUAUUCCUCCCUUGGUUUCAUCUGGUGGCUCCUCUGGAGAGGGCUGGGAGACCAGCAGCAGCAGUAGCAGCAGCGGUGGGGCCUCCUUAUCUGGGAGAGGUCCACCUCCUUCAGGCCCCAACAUAAGUAACCUUGGCGUUGCGCAAUCUAGUCCAGUAAGUGUAACAUGUGCAGGUGUUGGGUCAGGAUCACUAGGACAUAACCAGCAAGGGAAGGCUUCAGGCUGGGGUGGAGGAGGAAUGGGGGCUGUGGAUAAUCAGGAAGCCAAAGGUUGGGGUAAUGAGGAAUGGAGAACCAAUAGAGGAAAUGGAGGCAGCUGGGGUGGUCCUGGGCAACAAGGCAACCCUGUGAGUGCAGGCUGGGGAGGGAAUGAAGAUAGAGGAGCAGGCGGGUGGAAUGAAAUGGGUGGGGAAGGACAAGGAAGUGGGUGGGGGUCCGGGCAGAAGGUUGGUUCGGGUAGGAACUGGGGUGAAAAAGAGUCCAAAUCAAAUAGCAACAGGGGAGGUUGGGAAGAUGAACCGAAGAACAGAGGAGGGAACUCAGGUGGGGAUUCAGGAGUGGGUGGUUGGGGAAGAUGGGAAGAAGAUGCUCCACGGAGAACCUGGGGCGCAGGGGGUGGAGGGAGUGGAGCAGGAUCAAUCGGUACUGGGUCCAAAUCCCAUCAAAGUUGGAGUGGAGGAAAUAAAAUGAUGCCAAACAGCCAUUCUGGCUCCAUCACAGGCCUACAGGCACAACAGCAACAAUCACAAGCCCGCAAUCAGCCUACGCAGCUGCAGCAAGCAUUGGACCAAGGGGCUAUGCAACGGGGUGGUGGGAGAAAACCAGUCUCCCAAGUCCAGAACCAAAGCUCAGGCUGGACCUCAGGGCCCAUCCCUGCUGGUCAUGGAUUAGGUGGAAGUGGAUCGGAACCAAGUGGUUGGGAGGAACCCUCACCACAGUCGUUAAGCAGGAAAAAUGAGAUAGAUGAUGGAACAUCAGCAUGGGGUGACCCAAACCAUUACAACUACAAGCCGGUUAACCUGUGGGAUAAGAACAGCAUUCCUGCUGGUCAGCAACCACAUGAUUUGGGAAAAACUCAACAGCAACAGCAAGGACCUCCAGUACAGCAACAGCAAAGACCUUCUGUACAGCAACAUCAAGGACCUCCAGUACAGCAACCGCAAGGACAUCCAGUACAACAGCUGAGUAGACCGGCUACAGGACUUGGAGGCAGCAGAGACUUCAACACUGGACAUGGACAAGGAAAAACUGCUGUUGCAAUGGGCCCGUCGGGUUGGGGUGGUACACCUCCAGCUAGUCCCGCUGUUGACAAUGGCACAGAUGCUUGGGGUAAACCUACUGAUGCCCCUUCUGGCUGGGGCGACCCUAAUGAUGCAGGGGGGAAAACAGGCUGGGGGAACCCCUCUCUCAAUCCCAUCAAAUCUGCGUCAAAGUCUAUGCAAGACGGUUGGGGUGACAAAGAGGGCUCUGUGACGGCUUCACGUCACUCCAGCUGGGAGGAAGAGGAGGAGGGCGGGAGCAUGUGGAACAGCACCGGCUCCCAGGGCAGUGGGUCGUCUUGGGGACAGGGUAGCAAUGGAGGCUGGGGGCAGAGCCACACUGUCAAAAAGCCUAGCAACAAGGGUCCACUAAAAGUUGGCGGGGGAGAUUCCUGGAUGAGCCCCAUCAACAGACAAUUUUCCAAUAUGGGGCUUCUGAAUGAUGAUCCUAGUGGUUCAAACAUUGACCUGGCUCCAGGUUCCCUCCAGGAGAAAAAGAUGGAUAUGGAGAAAAGAACCUUGGGAAUGAUGGAUUACAAUGGAGACAUGAGGAAAGGAGGAAGAGGGGGCGGGAACAUGGCUUAUCGUUCACCUGUUUCCAAAGAGGCAGCACCUGGGGAUGCGGUUUCUUUCUAUGACAAGAACUUGCUUUUGAACAAUCAGGAUGGUUACCUUGGGGAGGAUGGUCCUUGCUCUCUGUUCUCACCACCCACUGCCUACAAGCCCCAUUCCCUCUUCAAUCACACUAUCCCCUUUAGACAAGGUGGCCACAGUCUCCUUGGUAGUAGUGGAGGGAUGUCUCAGACCAGACACCAGCCCAAUGUUCCUCCCAUAAACCAGUCCCCAGGGAUACGAGCACAAGUGCCUCAUCAGUUCCUGUCACCACAGAUGCCAGGGUCCUUGCUGAAGCAGAUGCCCCCUCCUAGCAGUAGCGUCGGGGGUGUUGGUGGUGUGGGAGGAGUGGCGGGAGUUGGUGGUGGUGUCUUUCCACCACAGCUGUCCCCCCAGCAUAUUGCCAUGCUCAGCAGCAUCUACCCACCGCACAUCCAGUUUCAAUUGGCAUGUCAGCUCCUCCUCCAACAGCAACAACAGCCACAGCAGCAGCAGCAGCAGCUGUUGCAAAACCAGAGGAAGUUCCCACCAAAUGUGCGGCAGCAAGGUGACCCCCAACAGCUGGCCAGAAUCAUGGCAGUGCUCCAGCAACAGCGCCAGCAGCAACAGGUCGGGAGCUUAGGUGGCAGUGUUAAACUUUCUCCCUCCCACCAUGGUGGAAACGGUGCCAAAUUACCCGGGGUUGACUCCUUGCCCUACCAAAGCCUGGCAGGGUGUGUGGCUGACCUCCACCAGAAAACGCAUGGACCCUAUGCUAGCUUUAGUUCUGGUGUGAACCUCGCAGGUCUGGACCCGAGUGGCUCUGUGGUUGGGGGGCCUGGAGGAAUGAAGGACAUGGGGGGUCAACAGUCUCGUUUCAAAUGGAUGAUGGAGGGACACUCUUCUUCUGACACCUCCUCACCUGAAAAUGCAUUCCUCAAAAAUGGCCCUGUGACCCCCAUGAAGAUGCCGGUGGGCUCUCCCUACUUGCAUUACGACAUGGUUGUUGGAGAACCACAGGGUAUAGCUAACUGGCAUCGCACGCCUGGCAACAAGAUGAGUACCAAGCCGACCACCACACCCAGCUGGCCCCCCGAAUUUCAACCUGGUGUUCCCUGGAAGGGAAUAGAUCGUGUUGACCCCGAAUCUGACCCCUACAUGACCCCAGGAAGCAUGAUGGGAAACACUGUGUCUCCCGGCCUCAAUGACACUGAGCACCAGUUGUUACAAGACAAUACUGAUUCCAUCCCCCCCCUCAACACCUUACUGCCUUCACCUGGUGCCUGGCCCUACAGUGCCUCAGAUCCCCUCAACAACGCACACAACUCAGCAAAGUACACAGACUAUAAGACUGGGUGGCCCCCCGAGCCCAUUGGCCACAAGUCCUGGAAAGCCAGUCGUGGCAGCAGCCAGUCACAGCUGUCCCGCUUACCUCCAGGCUUAGCCAGUCAAAAGCAGCUUUCGCCUACCCCAUGGUCAGGCAACGCACCCCGACUGGCAAGUAGAGGCUGGGGCAGCGGUUCGGGCACUACUGGCUCGGCCUGGAGUGACGGCAGUUCUCGGGAAAGCUGCUGGUUGGUGCUCAGUAAUCUAACACCACAGAUUGAUGGCUCUACGCUUAGAACCAUAUGCAUGCAGCAUGGUCCCCUGCUAACCUUUCACCUUGGCCUGACCCAGGGCACUGCUCUCAUCCGCUAUGGCUCCAAACAAGAAGCAGCCAAGGCCCAGAGCGCCCUCCACAUGUGUGUUCUCGGCAACACCACCAUUUUGGUGGAGUUUGUGAGUGAAGAGGAUGUGGCCCGCUACAUUGCACAUUCCCAGGCUGCAGGGUCAGGGAACGGAGGCACCACACCUACAUCAUCAUCUACGGUGGGCACUAAUGGUAGCGGGACCACCUGCGAGCUGGGUGGAGCAGUGGGCAGCAGCAGCAACGGAGGAGGAGGAAUUGGUGGAGAGGGAGGCUCCACGCAGGGAACUGCACUACCAGGGGCAGCUGGGCAUUCCGAAUCCACUUGGCAGAGUCUGGACAGCACCAGCCGCUCAUCGGACCAGUCCGCCCCACCGGCACCUGGCCUAGGCAUCUUCACCCAGUGGAGCACCAACAGUGGCGGGGUGGGUGGAACUGCAGAUGUGGAGGCAGGAAGGCAGGGUCUCUGGGGCGGUAUGAGUGGGGCGGGGUACCCCGGCAGUAGUCUCUGGGGUUCACCAGCACUUGAAGAUCGUCAUCAGAUGGGCAGCCCGGCCUCACUGCUGCCGGGGGACCUCCUUGGCGGGGGUGGCGACUGACACGCAAUCAUGAUGAAAGUCACAUGUCACACUCUAUUUAUUUACAUGUAAAAUGAUGUGAAUGGAAGCUACACUGGUCACCCGACAUGCAAUACAUUGCUCAUACCUUGUGUUUCCUACAUGUAAUCAUCAACCUUAAAUGAAGACCAGAGUGAAACUUGAACAGAAGACUGAACUGAGUUCCAAUUCUGUUUUUUUUUACCCCACAUCUCAUCGUGUUACUUUCAGAGACGCCAUCACUCAGGCAUGUACUGCAAACGGGCUCAACCCAGUUAACUCUUUGCUCUUCUUCCCCCGCCUUCCCCACGUCUCCCACCUUAUAUUUCAAGUCAAAUGUCAGCAUUCAGACUUGCAGAUUGAGCCUUCUCAGACCUGACAUGCUUCUCUUCUUCGUUCUCGUGUUUGGGGGGGGAAACUUGGAAGCGACAAAAGGAUCCGUUGCAAAUGGGGGACAGCGUCUCACUGUCAGGGUCAAUCGGACCAGUGGCGAAAAAGGAGCACUUCUACUCGGUACUGACACCUACCUUGGUGGAUCAACAUGGGGCCCAGGGUUAAAACAUUAACAUUAGCCAAACUUGCACUAUAUGCCUCUGGGUUUGUCGUCGACAUAUCUGACACAAUCCCUCCUCAAGUCCACACCAACCUUACAAGACUUCUUCUAAUGUUACAUCAGCAGUGGCCUUGGCCCACCUGCCCUCACACACAGACACACCAGUUACACAUUGCUCUUACAUUUGACAAGCAAAACUCUUCAUCUCCUUGCAGAUGUAAAGAGUGGGCUCUGAAGAGAACUGUGAAACUUUAUAGAGAUACAUUUUUGUUCCCCAUUCAAACACUGACCUCGCUAUUGUAUUAUUAUUUUUUUCUUACACAAGAAAUCAACUCAUUCUAUAUUGUCCUGUUCUGAUCACUUAUCUACUCGCUGUUCAAGGUGCCCUGCCCAUGUGUGUGUGCAUGACAGGAGUGUUGACGGUAUGACCGAGUGGAAGAUGGAAGGAAAGCGAUAUCAGGAGUGUAUGUUGUUGCUACAAUGUUGAAUGUUUUUCCUGUUUUUUGUUUUUUUGGUCCAUGAGAGAUUAAUCGGUGUGUGUGCGCGCGCACUUAUCUGCUUCAGUCAGGGACGUGAAUAGAUGUUUAUCUGACAGCUUGGCUUUUUCAGUAUGUUUGUGUGAGUGAUUGAGUGUGUUCGACCACCAGACAUUGUGAUAGCUAAAAGUUCAAAAACAUUGGCACUAUUACACAUCUCUUAAGUUUUUGUUUUUUGAUCCUAUUUGUAUUUGUUUUCUGUUGAACGCAAUUUAAGGAAAAUUAUUUUAUAAAGACGAAGAAACCAACUGAGAGCAUUUCCUAUUCAAAUGCCUAAAUCCUACUAUAUACCAAGCUGAGCUGGAAACAGUGUUUUUACAGACACGUUAAAAGACAUUAGCUGUUAUGUUUUACUGUUUGUUUUUGAUGUUAUGUAUCAAUUUAAAUUAAGUCUGUCUUUAUUAGCACUCCUUUUCAGGAUGUUUUUCAUUUAUUUCAGGUGUUACCAAAAGGAGAGAAAAUUAAUUUAAAGUGGAAAAGAACAAGAUAAUAAAGAUUCAGAUGCUGUCUUUUGGGGGG